AUGCAGCUGAAAACCACACAGAUGAUUGUGCUGCCGCCGUCGGCGGACAUGCACGUCCACCUGCGUCAGGGUGAGAUGAUGAAGCUCGUCACCCCGACAAUCAGGCGUGGACGUGUUGACACCGUCUUCGUCAUGCCCAACUUGCAGCCUCCCAUCAGAACGGUUAAGCGGGCUCUGGAGUACAAAUCCGAGCUCCAGGCCAUCGAGCCCAACGUGAACUACCUCAUGUCCCUCUAUUUUCAUGCAGACCUUACCCCAGACAUCGUUGCCGAAGCAGCCAAUGCUGGCAUUGCAGGCAUCAAGGUCUACCCACAGGGCGUCACGACCAAGUCGGACGCGGGCGUCGUCGCCCUCGACGGGUUCGAUGCUGUUUUCGAGGCUAUGCAAGAGCAUGAUCUAGUCCUCAACCUCCACGGCGAGGUUGUAGGCACGCCCGCUGACGGGCUCACGCACGAGGAGGCCUUCCUGCCCACCCUCAAGUCUAUCCACAACAAAUUUCCUAGACUCCAGAAUUCAACGAUUACGGCCCACCACCUGUACCUCACAGGUGAAAUGAGCAACGUCGACCCUCAUGCCUUCUGCAAGCCUAACCCCAAGACGCCUCAGGAUAGGGACGCCCUCCCCAAGGCAGCACAACGAGUGGCGACAGCAAGUUCUUCUUGCAAGGCGCCGCCUGCCGGGGUCUUCACGCAACUCUACGCCACGCAGCUCGUAGUACGGGCCUUUGAGGAUGCUACGGAAAGGGGCAUCAUCACCGAAUCGGACGUGACUCAGGAGAAGCUUGAAGGGUUCUUCAGCAAGAUCGGCCGCGCGUUUUAUAAGCUCGCCGACAACAGUGGGUCUAAAAUAGUCCGGGAAAGAAAGGGAGAGACAAUUCCUACGAGCGUUCAGGGUGAGGGUCUGGAAGUGGGCAUCUCGAGGUCCGGAGAUGAAGUGUUCUCGCUGGGCUGGCAUGACUAA